GGUUGCCUACUCGCUGGUCUGCUUUCCGUCUUCUGCCCGCAGUGUUUCUACUUCGGCAUUCCAUUUCCGACGCAUAAAAGCGUCCUGCCGAGUUCAAAAAUUCGCCAGUGGUUGCGUAGCAAGCAAGCAAAAAUGGCGGAACCUAAAAUCAAAUACGAUCGACAGCUUAGGAUUUGGGGUGAGCAAGGGCAAGCAGCAUUAGAGAAGGCAAGUGUUUGCUUGCUGAAUUGUGGACCUACUGGCUCGGAAAGUUUGAAAAAUUUGGUUCUUGGUGGGAUUGGAAGCAUCACUAUUGUUGAUGGAUCGAAGGUCGAAGUUGGUGAUCUUGGAAAUAACUUUAUGGUGGAUGAAACAAGUCUCGGUGAAUCAAAGGCAAAAUGCGUAUGUGCAUUUUUGCAAGAGCUCAAUGAUGCUGUGAACGCAAAGUUUAUUGAAGAAUUUCCGGAAAAGCUAAUAGAGUCAAAUGCAUUAUUCUUUUCCCAAUUUACUUUAGUGAUAGCUACUCAGUUGGUGGAAGAAAAGAUGGCAAAGCUUGAUAAAAUCUGUAGGGAGGCGAAUGUGAUGUUAGUAGUUGCUCGGUCAUAUGGCUUAACUGGCAUUGUUCGUGUUAGUGUAAAGGAGCACACUGUGAUUGAUACCAAGCCUGACCAUUUCUUGGAUGAUCUUCGGUUAAAUAAUCCAUGGCCAGAACUCAAGAGGUUUGUAGAAUCCAUUGAUAUCAAUGUACCAGAUCCUGUUGCUCACAAGCACAUACCUUAUGUUGUGAUUCUUAUAAAGAUGGCUGAUGAAUGGGCUCAAAAUCAUGGUGGUGCCCUUCCAUCAACUAGAGAAGAGAAGUUAGAGUUUAAGAAUCUUCUUAAAUCGAGGAUGAUUGGUCUUGAUGAAGAUAACUAUAAAGAAGCUAUUGAUGCCUCCUUUAAGCUUUUUGCUCCUCACGGAAUCAGUCCAAAUCUUCUGCGAAUAUUGAAAGACAGUUCUGCUGAAAUUGAUUCCAAUUCAUCUGAUUUUUGGGUGAUGGUGGCAGCUUUGAAGGAAUUUGUUGCCCAUGAAGGAGCUGGUGAAGUUCCACUUGAAGGAUCAAUUCCGGAUAUGACAUCUUCAACAGAGCAUUACGUGAAUCUCCAAAAGGUAUACCAAGCUAAGGCUGAAGCAGACAUCCUUGCUAUGGAGCAGCAUGUGCAAAAUCUUUUGAAGAAAAUUGGAAGAAAUCCAAUGAGUAUUUCCAAAAUGACUAUAAAAGGUUUCUGCAAGAAUGCAAGAAAGCUCACUGUAUGUAGAUACCGAAUGAUUGAGGAAGAGUUGAAUUCUCCUAAUCUUGCUGAGUUGCAAAAGUAUUUGACAGACGAGGAGUACAGUACAGCUGUGGGGUUUUACAUCUUGUUGCGAGCUGUUGACCGCUUUGCUGCUAACUACAACAGUUUUCCAGGCCAAUUUGAUGGAGAGAUAGAUGAAGAUGUAUCUCGAUUGAAAACUGCAGCAGUAAGCUUGCUUAGUGAUCUGGGCUGCAAUGGCUCAAUCUUGGCCGAGGAUCUUAUUUAUGAAAUAUGUCGGUUUGGGGCCGCAGAGCUCCAUGUGGUUGCUGCUUUCAUAGGUGGUAUCGCUUCACAGGAAGUAAUAAAGCUUAUUACGAAACAAUUCGUCCCCAUGAACGGAACGUUCAUUUUCAACGGCAUCGAUCACAAAUCUCAGCUAGUGUCCCUAUAAUAACCAACAAGCAUUUCAACCCGAAUCUCAUUCAGGUUGGUGGAAUAUGGCUACCAUUCUGCCGUUGAAGAAUACUGUAAGUUUCUGUCCUGGAGCAAAGCUACUUAAUGUUCGUAUUUCAAGAACUCAACUGUCAAGGACUUAGAAGUAGAUUAGGUGGAGAAUGCCUAUUAGGUGAGGCCGGUACGCCGGUAGAUCGAUUUUUUUUGUAUUAUUGAGGGACACCUGAAAGUUGUAAGUCGAAAGUCGAAAGCUGAACUCUCCAAGCCCUUUUCAAAAUUGUUAUCAUAUUUAAAAUUGCACAACUCUAUUCAGUAAGUACUUCAGAUAUUUGCUUGAUUUGCAUAUCAAAUUUCAUGAAUUGGACAUGAAAAUUUGAAUCAAA